UAUAACACAACCACAACAAAGAUUACACCUCUCAAACUAGAGACCACAAUCAAAGAAGCAUCCAAUACAAAAGCUACUGGACCCUCAAGAAUAUCAAAUAAAAUGUUAAAACACCUAGGCUCUUAA